GGCUCGGGACAUGGGUCCCGCCCGCCAUAAGCCGGCUGCUGGAGAGGCCCAGACUGGAGUUCGUAGAGGCCGAGCUGGGCGAGCGGGUGGCGGCGGUGCAGAUGAGGAAACUGGGGCCCCAUAGAGAGAAGUGACUUGGCUUUGCCUACACAGCUGGGUCAUUCUGGCUGCUGUCUUGACAAACGAGAGUAAGAGGAAGCCUGAAGACACAGAGGAGCCAACUCUAGUGUAGGUCUCCCGACUGAGCCCGAUUCUCUUCGCUGCUCAUGCCGCUGGGACUAGGGCGGCGGAAAAAGGCACCACCUCUGGUGGAAAAUGAAGAAGCAGAGCCUGGUCGUGGUGGACUGGGUGUUGGGGAGCCAGGGCCCCUGGGCAGUGGUGGGGCAGGGGGACCCCAGGUGGGUUUGCCCCCACCUCCUGCUGCCCUGCGCCCACGCCUGGUAUUCCACACCCAGCUGGCCCAUGGUAGUCCCACUGGCCGCAUUGAGGGCUUCACCAAUGUCAAGGAGCUCUAUGGCAAGAUUGCUGAGGCCUUCCACCUGCCAGCUGCUGAGGUGAUGUUCUGCACCCUCAACACCCACAAAGUGGAUAUGGACAAGCUCCUUGGGGGCCAGAUUGGGCUGGAGGACUUCAUCUUUGCCCACGUUAAAGGGCAGCGCAAGGAAGUGGAAGUGUUCAAGUCUGAGGAAGCACUGGGGCUCACCAUCACAGACAAUGGGGCCGGCUAUGCAUUCAUCAAGCGCAUUAAGGAAGGCAGUGUGAUUGACCACAUCCAGCUUAUCAGCGUGGGCGACAUGAUUGAAGCAAUCAACGGGCAGAGCCUGCUGGGCUGCCGGCACUACGAGGUUGCCAGGCUCCUCAAGGAGCUGCCCCGAGGCCGCACCUUCACCCUCAAACUCACAGAACCUAGAAAGGCUUUUGACAUGAUCAGCCAGCGUUCGGCAGGUGGCCGCCCUGGCUCAGGCCCACAACUGGGCACUGGCCGAGGGACCCUCCGGCUCCGAUCCCGUGGCCCUGCCACAGUGGAGGAUCUGCCCUCAGCCUUCGAGGAAAAGGCCAUCGAGAAGGUGGAUGACUUGCUAGAGAGCUACAUGGGGAUUAGAGAUACGGAACUGGCUGCCACCAUGGUGGAGCUGGGGAAAGACAAAAAGAACCCAGAUGAGCUGGCAGAGGCUCUGGAUGAACGACUUGGUGACUUUGCCUUCCCUGACGAGUUUGUCUUUGAUGUCUGGGGAGCCAUUGGCGAUGCUAAGGUCGGCCGCUACUAAGACUGGAACUGGACUCUGAGAUGACCUGGACCUGGCCUGGAUGGUGGUCCCAGAAGGGAUACCACAGCCAAGACCUGAGCAUCUGGCUUGGGCACAGAGUUAAGCACCUGGAGAUGAUAUGGCAUAGAAGUUGCCUUUGGCUCUGGCACUACUCCAAUCGGUACCACCGUCUUUCCUGGUGCCCAGCCUGGCUGGGGUCCCUGGCCUUCCCCUGCCAGGUUCCCCGCCUACCUCAGCAGAGUCAGUGCACAGGGAGGGACCAGCCACACUGGACAGCCGCCUCUGCCCCAAACACUUUCCACCAUCAGCUGCCAAAUUGCUCCUUUUGUCUCAGUGGGGCCUCAGUUUUGUUUAGGGUCAUGACCUUCCUACUUCUGAGGUCUACAGUGCAGAAAGAGGGCAUCUCUUAGAAAAGGCAAUACCAUCCCCCGUUGGAACCCCUCCCCCAGGAGGAGCAUCCUUAAGUUGGAUUCUGUUACCUCCCCCUUUAAGUGGAUACUGCUAUGAAUCCCCAGCCCCCAUCACCUCCCCUCAAGCAGUGCAAGAGGGAUGAGGGAGGCAGUGGGUUUUGUAUCCAAACUUGCUGUCUUGGACAUAAAAACUAUUGGCUAUUGGA